AUGGGCGUAGCUCAAGGGUUUAUAGCAGGCUAUAACGAUACAGAUGAAAUGAAAACAGUUUUAUUUGAAAUAAAAGCUCAUCCUAAUCUUGAAAAUACUAUCUUUGCUGAUGUGGAUAAAUGCGGUCGAAUACAAGGUGAACAAGAAGUCUUGUUUAGUAUUGGAGCUGUAUUUAAGAUAGACAAUGUCCAGUUAGAUCCACAUCUACGACUAUGGAAAAUUGGAAUGACAGCAACGGAUGAUGGUUCGAAAAAUCUUCAAGAAUAUAUUAAUUCGAUCAAACAAGAAAUAGACGAUAUCAGCCCAAGUAUUUUAUUUGGAGCUCUUCUUUUCAAUGAGAUGGGACAGAUUGAUAAAGCAGAAAAAUACUUUAAUAUGUUAUUAAAAGCAUUACCCAUAGAUCAUCCAGAUGUUCCUAAUGUUUAUGACCAAAUUGCUAAUAUUUUUGCUGAACAAGGAAAAUUGAAUAUGGCAUUAGAAAACUAUACAUAUGCAUACGAAAUACGCCGAUUACGGUUUUUUAGUGAUGACAUUCACAUAGCAAACUCUUUGCCUAAUCUUGGUUUCAUUCAUAAACAAAAAGGUGAAUAUGAUAAAGCAAUGGAUUAUUAUAAAAAAGUUCUAGCUAUUGGUGAGAAAAAUUAUCCAAAUGAUCAUGCCAAUAAAGCUCAUACUAUGAUAUGUAUAGGUAUGGUGUAUAAUCUAAACAAAGAAUAUAAUUUUGCAUUAGAUUACAUGAUGAAAGCAUAUGAAAUGUAUCAAAGACUUUUCCCUAUCAGCAUCCAUAUGUUGCAUCCACUCUGUGGAACAUUGAUGAUGUAUAUAAAAAUAAAUUAG